AACGCAGCAUUCUUUCCAGUUCACAGCGUCUCUCUUCAGUCUGACUCAGUUUGUUGUGAUUUCUCCUCAGGUAUUCGUGUGACAUUUGGUUAGAGGCUGCUUUUUUGGACUGUCACACAUUAGAAAGCGUCACAACGAUGUUUUGGGACUAUUUCAACGCGACUGGACCACUUGGUUGUUCAGCGGGCUCCAGCAGCGAGUGAGAGACAUGGACAACUCUGUCACCUUGUGGCAGUUUCUUCUGCAGCUUCUUCUGGACUCCAGUAAUGAACAGCUGAUCUGCUGGACCAAUGAGGAAGGGGAGUUCAAACUGCUGCAGGCAGAGGAGGUGGCCAGACUGUGGGGAGCCCGAAAAAACAAGCCCAAUAUGAACUACGACAAACUCAGCAGGGCUCUCAGAUAUUAUUAUGACAAGAACAUCAUAAAGAAGGUGAAUGGACAGAAGUUUGUUUAUCGCUUUGUAUCAUAUCCCGACAUCCUGAAAGGUGAUGUUGCUACCAGAACAGAUGGUGGGGAAGUGGCUACUGGAGGCAUUACUUUGCAGUCAAGGAGGGGAGACAGAACCCUCCAAGAUGGUGAGUCUGGUGACCGAUGCAAGGUAGGAGGGAGCACAGCGGCACAGGCCUCCAGCACCAAGCAGUCCAACCGCAAUGACUACAUCCACUCUGGUCUGUACAGCUCCUUUACACUUAACUCAUUGCAAAAUGGGUGCCAGCUUUUCAAGUCCAUCAAAAUUGAGAACCCAGCAGAGAAGAUGGCUGACAAGAGUGGUCUGAGUGCUACAGCCCAAAGCCAAGAUGCACCAUCUGAACCACAGAUGACAGCAUUACCAUCCGUCAUCAAAUUUGGAAACAGCCCUCCAAAGCCAGCGCUACCGCUGCCUCCUCAGGUAGCCAUAGACACAAACUUGAUGUCCAACUCCGCCGAUCCUCUCCAAACUCCACCUUCAAGGGUCGAAGACCACAUGGUCACACAGUCCACCCUGCAGUCCCACCCUGUGUAUUUGUUUGAACGCGGCCGCACAUCAGAGCCACAGUUCAGCAUACCUGACCUGAUCUCAUCCAGCCCGUCCCCAAGUGUUGUGCCUGACUCCUCCCAAGAGCUUGUGAUUGACAGCGACAUUGACUCCAUAUCUUCUCAGACCACAGACAGUCAACUACAGUCUGCAGAACUACAGUCACAGGAAAAGAUGGAAAUUGGCAGUUGUUUGUCAGGAGAUGAGACUAUUUUAGUGGAGGCUGAGACGAGUUCAUCUUCAGUGAGCAGCAGCAGCACCACAGUAAAUACUUUAAGCUCAGGAAAGACGCGCAAGCCACCAAAAAUUCUGCAGAUUCCACCAACUCUGCUGGUCACCACCCCUGACUUCUCAUCCAUAAACCUCUGCAGCCCUUCACUUCCUACUGCUUCUCUCACACCAGCAAUGCUACAGACUCCCACUCUGUUGCUGACUCCCAGUCCACUACUGUCUAAUAUCCACUUCUGGAGCACGCUCAGUCCAGUCGCUCCUUUGAGCCCAGCCACUCGACGCCAAGGAGCCCAACUAUUCCAAUUUCCAUCAGUCCUCAACCCCCAGUUCCAGAUCCCUGUGCAUAGUAUGGAUGGGACCAACACACCCGGACCCAUUUCCCCGGACCUCCAGAAAACAUAGGAGCAACUCAAACCAUCUCACUGCUUUUGGUGACAGAUAACCGACCUACUCCUCUUCAGAUUCAGCAGCUACUCCCAGACAAAAGGCCAUUAUGAGGUCAUUCCCUCCCCCAGGUCUGUAUAAAUUCUGGACAGACUGUAAUUCAGUGCUACAGAAUUCACGGUGCUUAUCAGUGUUUGGACAAAAGGUUCUGGACAGAUGUUUGACAGCCCGAUAGUUUUUACAUCCUGAGGAUGCUCUUUUGUGCUCCUAACUCAGAUUAACUUUCCCUGCCGUAUGGGCAUCCCCAAUCAAAACGAUCAGAAAAAGAGGGAAUAGUUUCCAUGACAACUGUGGGUUCAUGUGGAUUGGCCCAUUCACAGCCAUAAAUUUGCUUCAUAUUUGAACAUAGACUAGUGGAAUUUCAGAUAUUUGAAUCUUUCCCAUGAUAUAUUUUUCUGCUUUUCCCUCUCAGAAGACAUAUCCCCCCCUUUUUUUCUC